UAAAGCUCAGAACAUCGUGAAAACUCGUGUCGAACACAUCGAAUCACAGAAGUACAACCUCCCUUUAACUGGUUAAAUUUAUAAAAACAUUGUUAGUGAUUUUGUGACGUGAGAGUGACGUGACGUGAAAUGUAGGAUAAAAUAAUAAAGAAACGUGUAUAAACUAAAGCGAAGAUGACAACCGUCGCAACGAAUUUGGUAGCGAGUUUCGCACGUCAAAAUCUGGAAAACGGAGAAGGAUCGAUCGACUCUAACGACGUUUCGCACAAUUUCGACGGCGAAUCAUCAUCGCACCUAGACGAAAACAGCUGCAGUAGCAAUGACACGAUUCUAUCCGUCGGCAACGAAAACCCGCACGGGGAAAACCUCUCAUUCAAAAACAUCGAAAGUCACCUAAACGCAAUUUCGCAAAUAAGUAACAGCACAUUAGAUCAAGUCAAGGAAUGUCGAAGCCCUUCUAGUCCUUUAAGCCACAUACUUAGCCCGGCGAGUACGAAAUCCGUGUCAGAAUCGCCGACUCCAAGUUAUAUGUAUAGAAAUUCUGACUGUCUGUCAGAAAAGUCGAAUCCAACAUCACCUUCCGAAUUUGUUAGCCCAAUCUUUAGACCAAAUUUAUGUUCACCAAUUAGUCCUAGGUUAAGUUUAUCGAGUCCCGACUCGCCAGAAUCGAAUCAAAGUCCAAAGUCGGAGACGUUCUUCUUUCGACCGAACGGAAUAAAAUCGGCCAACAAUAUCGAGGUGAAUAACGGCUCGUUAAAGUUUUCCAUAGACAAUAUACUGAAAGCCGAUUUCGGUAGAAGAAUUACGGACCCUAUAAACAUCAAAAAGGCGAAACCGAGGAAGGUUGUCAUUCCUCCUAUCAAUGACGACGCUAACAAAACUGACCCAGUUGAUUUGUGUAAAAAUGACGCGUCGAACACCGUUGGGAAGAAUUCAGAGGCGGUUUCGACAAAUAAUCAACCGAUGUUGUGGCCUGCAUGGGUUUACUGCACGAGAUACAGCGAUCGGCCAAGCUCAGGACGAAGUCCGAGAACGCGGCGCGUAAAAAAACCGGGAGUAAAAUCAGUUGGAACUUCAGAAGAGAAACGUCCACGAACUGCUUUUUCAGGGGCGCAACUAGCUCGAUUAAAACAUGAAUUCGCAGAAAAUCGUUACCUAACAGAAAGGCGCCGUCAACAAUUAAGUCAAGAACUUGGGCUUAACGAGGCGCAGAUCAAAAUCUGGUUUCAAAAUAAACGGGCGAAAAUUAAAAAGGCUUCCGGUCAAAAAAAUCCGCUGGCGUUACAGUUAAUGGCGCAAGGUUUGUACAAUCAUUCCACGAUACCUUUAAGUAAAGAAGAGGAGGAAUUACAAGAAUUACAAAACAGCCGUCAGGUUACGAAACCGUCAUAGAGUUAUUGGUGAUUUUAACAUAAAUCGCUGUAUAUUUAUUUUUAAACGGGGUGAUAAUUUUAUGCUUCCAAAAAUAUUUUUUAAAAUUGUGAAGUGUCGACGUGAACUUUUUAACACACGAGAGAAUAAGCGGGGAGUAAAGUUGUCAAUGCCGUUCUACUUCAGCUUGAAAGAAUUACUAGCACGACUACUUUUUAAGCCGAUUUCUGAGCGAGUUACAUUGUUUAUUUAAUUCCGCAAUUCUUGGAAUCGCUGUUACUGAAAAAACGUAUUAAUGUACCAUUCAUUUAAACACAAUUGCAAACGAUCAGGUACAGAAUACGUAAUUUUUCGAGCAAAACAUAAAUGAAUGUUUGUUACCUUGUGCCAUAAUUAAGUAAAGACAGAAAAACUCUUUUAUAAUUUUUAUUUGCCAGUUAAACGUUUUCUAUACAAAUCUGUAAAUAAUAUAUAAAUGCAUUAUUUAAUACAUAUAUAGACUAUUAUAUUUAUUGUGUUGUUUAGAUACAAAUCGCGAGCAAUAUUUAUUAAUUAGUUACAAUUAUAUAGUGUAGACAUUUGUAAAUUAAAGAAAGUCUUUAUCUGUAAAUAUUUAAAUAAUAGAUUAAUUUUACGAAAGUGUCUGUGAA